AUGGCCAAGAUCAACACCCAAUGCUCCCACCCCUCCCAGGCCCGCCUGGCGAUAAGCAGCGCAGAAGGUGAUCUGGAUCGUGUCGAAAAUGGCCUCAGCCGGACCCUCUCAGGCUGUGAGGAGCCCUCGUCCGCACCCCAGCAAGCAGCCACCAUGGAGGCCAGAGGACUGGCCAGGUCCCGGAGAAGCUCCUUCACCAGCCAGAGGCCAGCCAGGUUGUCCCGCCUGAUCAUCUCGCUGCAUGCAUGGGCAGCCAGGCACUUGCACCAUGAGGACCAGACGCCGGACUCUUUCCUAGACCGUUUCCAGGGAGCCGAGCUCAAGGAGGUAACCAGUCGGGAAAGCAAUGCCCCAAACCCCGCAGGCGAGAAGCCUCCCACCAGCGGAGAUGGGAAGAAGAGAGAGGCCAUCGUGGUGGACCCCUCCAGCAGUGUGUACUACCACUGGCUGGCUGCCAUCGCCGCUCCUGUCUUCUACAACUGGUGCAUGCUGGUUUGCAGGGCCUGCUUUGAUGAGCUGCAGUCCGAGCAUCUGAUGCUGUGGCUGGUCCUGGACUAUUCGGCAGACAUUGUCUAUGGCCUGGAUGUGCUGGUGCGAGCCCGGACAGGCUUCCUGGAACAAGGCUUAAUGGUCAAAGAUGCCGAGAGGCUGUGGAAACACUACACAAAGACCAUUCACUUCAAGCUCGACGUGUUGUCUCUGGUCCCCACCGACCUGGGUUACUUCAAGCUGGGCAUGAACUAUCCCGAGCUGAGGUUCAACCGCCUUUUGAAGCUUCCCCGGCUCUUUGAAUUCUUUGACCGCACAGAGACGAGAACCAACUACCCUAACGUGUUUAGGAUCGGGAACCUGGUCUUGUACAUCCUCAUCAUCAUCCACUGGAAUGCCUGCAUCUACUUUGCCAUCUCCAAAUUCAUUGGUUUUGGGACAGACUCCUGGGUCUACCCAAACGUCUCGAUCCCAGAGUAUGGGCGCCUCUCUAGGAAGUACAUUUACAGUCUCUACUGGUCUACUUUGACCCUGACCACCAUCGGGGAGACCCCGCCGCCCGUCAAAGACGAGGAGUAUCUUUUUGUGGUCAUAGACUUCCUGGUGGGCGUCUUGAUUUUUGCCACCAUCGUGGGCAACGUGGGCUCCAUGAUCUCCAAUAUGAACGCCUCGCGGGCCGAGUUCCAGGCCAAGAUCGAUUCCAUCAAGCAGUACAUGCACUUCCGAAAGGUGACCAAGGACCUGGAGACUCGGGUCAUCAGGUGGUUCGACUACCUGUGGGCCAACAGGAAGACAGUGGAUGAGAAAGAGGUGCUCAAGAACCUCCCGGACAAGCUGAAGGCCGAGAUCGCCAUCAACGUGCACCUGGACACCCUGAAGAAGGUCCGCAUCUUCCAGGAUUGUGAAGCAGGCCUGCUGGUGGAGCUGGUGCUGAAGCUGCGGCCUGCUGUGUUCAGCCCUGGGGAUUACAUCUGCAAGAAGGGCGAUAUCGGGAGGGAAAUGUACAUCAUCAAGGAGGGCAAGCUGGCUGUGGUCGCUGAGGAUGGGGUCACCCAGUUUGUGGUCCUCAGUGAUGGGAGUUACUUUGGGGAGAUCAGUAUCUUAAACAUCAAGGGGAGCAAGUCAGGGAACCGCAGAACAGCCAACAUCAGGAGCAUCGGUUACUCUGACCUCUUCUGCCUCUCGAAGGACGACCUCAUGGAGGCCCUGACGGAAUACCCAGAAGCUAAGAAGGCGCUGGAGGAGAAGGGACGGCAGAUCCUCAUGAAGGACAACCUGAUCGACGAGGACCUGGCUGCGGCUGGGGCAGACCCCAAGGACAUCGAGGAGAAGGUGGAGUGCCUGGAGUCCUCCCUGGACACGCUGCAGACCAGGUUCGCGCGGCUGCUGGCCGAGUACAGUGCCGCCCAGAUGAAGGUGAAGCAGCGGCUCAGCCGGCUGGAGAGCCAGCUGAAGACUUGUGGCAACAGCUUCCCAUCUGCUGGGGCUGCUGCCGGGGAUGCUACCGAAACAGAGGGCAUGCUCCAGUGA